UUUGCCGUUGCUGUUCUCUGCUCUGGGGGGGAGAAGGCGAGCGGGGCCCGUCAGCCCUUAUAAAUAAGGGGGAGGGGAAUGGCCUGAUGUCGGGUCAGAGGAGGUUCGGGUUGGAUUUUAGGACAAGGCUUUUCACCCAGGGGCUGGUCGAGCACUGGGAUAGGCUCCCCAGGGAAGUGGUCAUGUCUCCAAGACUGCCAGUUCACAAACCUUUUGGACAACGCUCUCAGACACACGGUGGGAGUCUUGGGGCUCCCUGUGCAGGGCCAGGAGUUGGACUCGAUGGUCUGAUUCCAGCUCAGAAUAUUCUGUGAUUGUGUGAAAGUGCGGAGCUCAGAGGAGGGGCUGGGGUGACAUGUUCUUAGCAGAGGUUGCAUGAGAAACUUCAGGAGUCUCCUGAGCAUCCUCCUGCUUUCCCCGUGCGUGUCUGGUCGUUUUAUGAUUCCAGAUUAAAAACCUAGGGAGCCGCAGUGUGGUUUGGUGUGUCCUGAGGCGGGAGGAAUGCUGGCCAUGUUUGCCAUGUCUCGUUGCAGGUUGGCAGCUGGAGCAGAGGGACUCUUGGAGCAGUGACUGCAGGGACAGGACUGAGAUGGUGUCUUCCUUCAGUACUGCAUGGAGCAUCAUCCAAGGUCGUAUUUAUGCCCGUUUUCUAGAAGCCGAGGAAAGGUCACUUGUCAAGGUCAUAUGGUAGGCUAGUACUGAACGAGUCUGUCCAGUCCAAAUACAUUUUAAAUUCCGUCAUUCCCUGUAAAGCAAACAAGUGGAAAUUGUUGAUAUAGGAUAGAUGUUGGGGUCAUGCCAGCACUAUAAUUACCCUGUGACAGGGUGUUAGGAUUAGGGAUAUGGGAGAUGGCAGAAAGAGCUGGCAGCUGUGGAGGACAGGAGUGGAGGUGGGCCAGGCACUUCAGCAGUGGAUGAGGGAAAAGCAGCGAUCAAGAUAAGGCAGUGCAGUGUAUGAGACAAAGCGUGAUUGGUGCAUUCUUAAUUGUAGCACAGUAAAGUCUCAGGGCUGUCUUUUUUUUUUUUUUUAACCUUUGUUUUUGACUGCACUGUGAUUUGGGGAAGGGAGAUUAAUUCAUAACAGAUUAGUUUUCUUCAAACAAUCCAGUGGGAAAAAGACAGCAAAACCAUGCUGUAGCAUCUGUGUUUGAAACAGAGAAAUGAAGUCCAAGAUUAAAGACAAGUCUGAUUUUGUGAAGACAGAACCAAAUAACUGAUAGGUGAAACCUUUAGAACUGUUUAUCCAUAGUUUUAAUUCUCCUGACAGGGAAAAAAAUAUAACUGGCACAUCACUUCAUGGCUUUCAUCAGCUUAUGAGAUUGUACUGCUCUGAUAAAUAUAAUUAUCAUUUGCUUUUGCUAAUCUUUUUAAUAAGUGGAAAUUCAGUGUGGCUGUUGCUUACAGCACAUAAUGUGCCAUAACUAAUCAAAGGGAGAAGAAAAGGUAUAAAAAGGAAGUGGAGAAAGUGAGAAUAAAUUUAGGUCCAUUAGGAGUUACAUUUCAGGUAAUUAGUUGCAAAAGUAGAAAUAAUUGAGAGCGCUUUGGAACUGCAAAGUGUAAAAAGUGGGGACAAGGGGUACUACAGGUGUUGGAAUGAAAAGAAUGUUUUUAAGAGCAUUUUUUUUAUAUUUUUGUGGGCAUGUUUAAUAGAAGAAGGAGACUGAAAGUAAAAUUACAGAUUAAAAAGAUCCAUUAUCAUCUAUAGGACCUACUAGAAUGAUAAUAUAACUGUGUCAUUUAAACAGCAAGCCACUGGCAUAUUAUGUUUUCCUGAAUCCUUCUUCAUCUCCUGGAGAAAUCCCACUCUGACAGUCUCAUGGGGAAGCAAUGGUAUGUGCCAGCUGCCUUUCUAGAUCUCUUUGGCACUGCCAAAUGGCUCAUGUAACAACUGAGCUGUACCCACUGCUCGUCGAGGACAUUAAUUUGACCCACCCUUCUCUGCAUGAGUGCCAGCUCUCAUUUGAGCUGCGUGGGUGUAGUUAUCCCUCAGGCUUUUUAACUCCUGUUUCAAAUUGCCUGAUGAGUUCAGAAGUUAUCAGGGACAGAUUCAUAGGCUAAGAUAAAAAUACAGAAAGCAGUGGUAUUCUGAAAUGAGGAUACAGCUAUUGUAUGGAUAUUUUGUGAGGUGUCUGCUGCUUACCAGAAAGUGUCCAUCCCAGAACUGUGGAAAGCAACAGGUGGAUGAGGAGUUGGGUGUGAAGUGCUCGGCCGCCGUGCUGUGCUCAGAGGAGGAGGAGCAGGAGGAGGAGGGAGGAAGUGUCAGCUCCUGCUUCUUUUCUGCAAACGUCGUCACACAGCUGAAGCAGACAGAACACCUCGCAGCCAUGUUAGAUUCUAAUUCGGGUUGUCUUGGAGACACACAAUUUUGUUUUAGAUUUCGACGGUCUCCUGGAAGGAAAGUCUCAUUGUGUUGUUUUCCAGACCAAUUGGAUAGAGAUCUACCAGUUUACUUAAAGAAAGAUUCAGCAUAUUACUAUGGCUAUGUUUAUUUCAGACAAGUUCGAGACAAAUCAUUAAAAAGAGGCUAUUUCCAGAAGUCGCUGGUCCUCAUCAGCAAGCUGCCUUAUGUCCAUCUCUUUCGUACCAUGCUUAAGCAAAUAGCACCAGAAUACUUUGAAAAAAGUGAAGCUUUCCUGGAAGCAGUUUGUAAUGACAUUGAUCGUUGGCCACCACCAGUUCCAGGGAAAGUUCUGCAGUUGCCUAUUAUGGGUGUCAUAAUGAAGUUGCGGAUUCCAACAUAUCGUGACAAGCCUGGAACAACAUCGAUAGUACAGAAUAUGCACCAGGCAGAUGCUCAGAUCUCCAUGGCUUUACCGACUGUUCAUGAAGUAGAUCUUUUCAGGUGUUUCUGUCCAGUGUUCUUUCACAUUCAGAUGCUUUGGGAGCUGGUGCUGCUGGGAGAACCACUUGUUGUGAUGGCACCAUCACCAGCAGAGUCUUCAGAAACUGUGUUGGCCCUUGUUAGUUGUAUUUCACCACUGAAGUACUGCAGUGAUUUCAGGCCAUACUUCACCAUCCACGACAGUGAAUUCAAAGAAUACACAACUCGCACACAAGCCCCACCAUCUGUCAUUCUUGGGGUGACAAAUCCCUUUUUUGCUAAAACACUUCAGCACUGGCCUCACAUUAUCCGAAUUGGAGAUAUCAAACUUCCAGGUGAAGUUCCAAAGCAGGUGAAAGUGAAAAAACUGAAGAACCUAAAAACUUUGGACUCCAAACCUGGUGUUUAUUCCUCUUACAAGCCAUACUUGAACAAAGAUGAAGAAAUUGUUAAGCAGUUGCAAAAGGGAGUACAACAGAAACGUCCUACAGAAGCGCAGAGUGUGAUACUUCGGCGGUAUUUCUUGGAAUUGACAGAAAGUUUCAUUAUUCCAUUAGAACGUUAUGUGGCAAGCCUAAUGCCUUUGCAGAAAUGCAUUUCACCCUGGAAGAGUCCACCACAGCUGAGGCAGUUUAGCCAAGAUGACUUCAUGAAGACACUGGAAAAAGCAGGACCACAGCUCACCUCAGGUUUAAAGGGAGAUUGGAUAGGACUUUACAGGCAUUUUUUGAAAUCACCAAACUUUGAUGGUUGGUUUAGGAGCCGGCAGAGAGAAAUGACACAGAAGUUAGAGGCCCUUCAUUUAGAAGCACUCUGUAAUGAGAACUUGGUUUUCUGGAGUCAGAAGCAUACUGAGGUAGAAACGGUGGAUCUUGUCUUAAAGUUAAAAAAUAAACUGUUGCAGGCUGACACAGAACAUCUUCCUGUGAAAACUGACACGCUGAAAAAGCUACAAACACACAUCAAUGAUAUUAUACUGGCACUGCCAGAUGACUUACAGGACAUCUUGCUCAAAACUGGCACAACAUGAUUUCUACUGGGCUUUUUUGGUGCAGAAAACCAAAAGGCAAGUAGUCUCAAGGAAGACAGUGGCUUUCCAAGUUUGGAACACAGCUCUAAACCAGUAAAUGUUAACACUACAAAUGGACUGUACUAAUAGUAUAGCCCAUUAUAUCAUUUUCACUGUUUUUUCCAUUUCAAUACCAAUGCAACUAAAGGGAUUCUUGUGUUUAAUACUAUUUUAAAUAAGUGCUCUUAAAAAUAAUCUGUGGGCAUAUGAAGCUGUGCCACAGUAUAGGACUACAAUGCAGUGCUGGCAUUGCAGAAUGUUUUCCAAUUGGUGCUGCUAUACCCAGUCCUACUCAGGGCAUUAUUGAUCCUCUGACUCUGUCCUCUCAACUGUCCUGUUGAUGUAGUAUCUGAUUAUUUUUCUUUGUUUUUUACUUUUAGUUUUUAGCUAGUGGUAAGUCCAAGUGACAUAUUGGUGAUUUGGCCAGAAUGCCAUAUAAUUGAGGUAUUUUACUGGUAAAUCACAGCUUUUAAAACUGCUUCAGGAACAACUGAAAUUAUCAGAACCAUUCUUAACUUUCAGCAUUUCUGCUUCUUUACCAUCUUUCCAAAAUGAUACUGAUUUAGCAUCUUUAAAGAAGAGAAGGCAGCUGACAAAAAUUUCCUGAAGGGAAGUCUCUUCCACUCAGUGUCAGUUAUCAGGGUGCUCUUACAUGCCUUAAAGUAAUUAUAUACUAAUUUGUGGUUUUAAACUGCUGACAUCCAGGAUUUCAACUGGAUCACUCUCUUAAGCAGGAAAUAAACACUGUGGUGUUCUUAGAGGGAUUUUAAAGUUGGUGAUUUCAGUAGAGUUAGUUGACACAGUCUGUUUCAGUUGGAAGUACCAGUCAGCUCCUGUUAUAAUUUUUAACUUUAUGAUUUUUGACUUACCCAGUCAAGUGUUUGAGGAGGUGAUGAGGCUGGAGGGAGAAAAUGUUGGCUUCAGCUGAAAAAAAGCUUCUGGACAGGUCAGACUGGCACAAAAAGAUUGUAGCAUGAAAUUAUUCUCAGACUGUGCAUACAGCAGACAUGAAUAAAGAGCAAUUUCCUCUUGCAUAUUAAGCAACAAGUAAGGGAUGUUUUAUCUUCUUGAACAAGUUGCAGUCAUAUAUAAGAACUCAGCUGCUCCACGUGCAUUGUACUUUGACCAGUUUCGAGUAAACAUAAUGCUAUAGUGUACACACAGCAUAUACUUUUAUAUGUCAAGUGGAUCACAGUUAUUAAAAAAAAAACCACUCUGCUUUUAAGUGCUUGGAUAGAACUUUUAAAAUCUUAUGACAUAAUCCUGCUAUAAGAAUAUGCUUUUGUAUAACAAAUAUUUCAUACCAUCUUUCCAAAAAUGUCUUAUUUAGAUAUAAAAUGUCACAACAGUAUUUUUAUGAAAAGAAUGUAUUUUAAUACUGUUAUGUUUUAUAUACAAUUACUCACGACCAAAAGUUUAAUGUAUCUAUUAUGUUACUUAAACUAUACCACUUCAGCAUUAAUUGCUAACUUGCAAUUUUUAUUUUUUUUGCACGCCCUGAUGAAAAGCAUUUCUAAUCCAGAAAUUAAGUGGCCAUUCAUACCCUAAAUUAUCUUAACUAUUUAACCUGGGGCACUGUCAUUUCUUGGAAACAUGUAAACUGGUAACAACUAUGAUAACUAGCACAUGACUGCAAAUACAUAUUUUUUUAAACAAAAAUAAAGAGUUUGAUUAUUUUUUUUUUCCUUUGGAA